UAUUCUACAUCUCAAAGCUACUUCGAAUUAUUUCAUACGAUCACGCGGCGACCUGAGGAAUAUAUCCAGUUUGUAGAGAAGCCUUGUUGAGUGUGGAUGUGUGUCAGUCGCCUGAUAUUCGUAAAACAUGGUUAAGAAGAACAGCUUGGAAGCGUCGAGCAGUGGCAAGUCGGAAGCCACAGAAACGACCCCACUUGUAGCCAAAGUUGAAAAUGGCGGUAAUGGAGACGACCCGAUUAAAGAAACCAGCGGCGGAGGACUCUCUAUGAAACAGACAGCUUUCCUGAUCGCCGGGGAAAUGGCCGGCAGCGGUGUACUAGCUCUUCCACGAGUUCUCGUUAAAACUGGAUGGUUCGGCGUGCCCCUCAUAGUGCUGAUGUGCCUUAUCGCAGCAUUCAGCGGGAAACGUCUUGGUGACUGUUGGACCAUCAUCGAAGGUCGCGAUCCUGAAAUGAGGACCAGAAAGAGAAACCCCUACGCCAUUAUCGCUGAACAGUCACUGGGAAAAAUGUGGAGUGUUGCUGUAUCUCUGGCGAUAAUAAUUACACAAUUUGGUGUGGCAGUGGUGUACUUACUGCUGGCUGCGCAGAUCGUUGAGCAACUAUUCUUGACCUUGAUGCCGACCGUCACCAUUUGCAUCUGGUAUCUGGUCGUUGUCGGUGCGAUGACACCACUUAUGCUUUUUGGCAGCCCUAAAGACUUCUCCUUCAUGGGUGUCAUUGCUUUCUUCUCAACUUUCGUGGCUUGCAUUCUCUAUUUCAUUCAGAUGAUGAAUGACAUUAGACCGUUUGGCACGUUCCGUUGGGGUAUUCACGGGUUCAUGGAUUUCUUCCUCGCGUUCGGUACAAUCAUGUUCGCCUUCGGAGGCGCUUCUACCUUCCCAACUAUUCAAAAUGAUAUGGCUGAUAAGUCCAAGUUUAAUAAGAGCUUGCAGUACAGCUUUCUUGCGAUCCUGGCUUUAUAUAUCCCAAUAGCAGUAGCAGGAUACGCAGUGUACGGCGAGUCUGUUGGCCCCAACUUUAUUACUUCCCUGUCAGCCACCCCAUUGACUCUCGUCGGCAACGUACUCAUGGCGGUUCAUCUUGUAUCCGCUUUCAUCAUCCUCAUCAAUCCAGUCUGCCAGGAAAUGGAGGAGCUUUACAGUAUUCCUAGAGAUUCAGUAGGAUACCGUACUUUGGUUCGUUUAUCUAUCAUGGCGGGUAUACUCUUCAUUGGAGAGAGUAUUCCCCGUUUCUACACAAUCUUGGCUCUUGUCGGUGGAACCACAAUCGCCUUACUAACUUUCGUGUUACCGUCUUACUGCUAUCUGAACCUCGUCAACCAAACUCCAAGAGAGGGACAAGCUCCUGUCGAGGUUGCUGGCUGGGUUAAGCUGGUUUGCUGGGAGGUGAUCGUAAUAGGCGUGGUCGGCGGUCUUGCUGCCACUUACAGCGCUACUAGCGCCAUCUUCAGCACAUCGCAAGCAAUACCUUGCUACUUGCGGUAGAGCGCCAUCUAGCGGAAAUACUUUCGAUAAGACUUAUGGCGUUACAUUUAUUCAACUACAGAGAACACCUUUUUCUAACGCUUUUUUUUCUCAAGUUUCUUAUCAAAAUGUGAAUGUGAUCAAAUAAUUACU